GAGAAAGCUCUACUCCUGAGCUUCCUACUGCUGCUUUCAUUGAACCCCUCCCCCUCCCACUUCCCCUUCCCCUUUCUCGUUAUUCACCCUUCUGCUUAGUAUUCCCACUACACCCAAGCUUCGUUAACCACCGCAAGCUUGCCACUCGCUUCAGUCAACAUGGCAGAUCCCAUUCAUUACCAGCCCGCCUCUGCGCGGAUAGUUAACUCCGAAGAUGAGGGCCUUAUGUGUCUUGACCUUCAGGACCAGUCUUCCUACCAGGGCUAUAGCUUUGGCGCGAAGAAGAGCAUUGCUGGUGAAUUGGUCUUUCAGACUGGCAUGGUUGGAUACCCAGAGUCGGUAACAGACCCUUCGUAUCGCGGCCAAAUCCUCGUAAUCACAUUUCCACUCGUGGGAAACUACGGCGUACCAUCUAGAGAGACAAUAGAUGCGCUGCUUCACGACCGUCCUGCCCAUUUCGAAUCGUCACAAAUCCACAUCGCCGGUCUUGUGGUAUCGUCAUAUGCUGGUGAAGAAUUCUCUCACUAUCUCGCAACGUCCUCGCUCGGAACAUGGUUGAAGGAACAAGGAGUGCCUGCCAUGUAUGGCGUCGACACAAGAGCUUUGACGGAACGAAUUCGACAAGAAGGCAGUAUGCUCGGACGUAUGCUAUUACAAAAGCCCAGCCUAACGAAUGGAACCACGAACGGAACCACGAAUGGCACCGGUGCUGCUGCCAACUAUCAUACCAAGGACUUGAAGCCAGAGUUUGAAUUCAUUGACUGGGUUAACCCUAACACAAAGAACCUCGUUGCUGAAGUCUCCAUUCAACGGCCCCAACUUUAUAAGCCACCCCCAUCUUUGGCAUUAAAACACCCUUUGGGGCGUCCCAUUCGAGUACUCUGUCUCGACGUUGGCAUGAAGAACAAUCAAUUAAGAUGCUUUUUAAAUAGGGGAGUUGAAGUUCUCGUAUGCCCAUGGAACUACGACUUCGCUUCUGGUGCGGGAGGUGAAUACGAUGGCCUAUUUAUAUCGAAUGGGCCCGGCGAUCCAGCUGUCAUGCAUGAACCCGUGGAGCAAAUUGCCAAGGCAAUGGAAGCCAAUCGAACGCCAGUCUUUGGUAUCUGUCUUGGACACCAGUUGCUGUCUCAAGCAGCCGGCGCCAAAACGAUCAAAAUGAAGUUCGGAAAUCGAGGUCACAACAUACCUUGCACCAGCAUGAUAACUGGUAAAUGUCAUAUCACUUCACAGAACCAUGGUUUUGCAGUUGACGCCCAGACACUGCCCAACGAAUGGAAAGAGUUGUUUGUGAACGCCAAUGACGGUAGCAACGAGGGUAUCAUGCAUGCUAGCAAGCCAUAUUUCAGCGUGCAGUUCCACCCUGAAAGCACACCAGGUCCUCGUGAUACCGAGUUCCUCUUCGACGUCUUCAUUGACACUAUUGUCAACUGCUCCAAAAACCCGAGUCUUCUUGAUUCGCCCGUUAAGUUCCCCGGCGGGACCGCCGCUGAAAACGAGCAACUGCAUCCGCGUGUCAAUGUCAAGAAAAUCCUCAUUCUUGGAAGCGGUGGUCUAAGUAUUGGACAGGCUGGUGAAUUCGACUAUUCAGGAAGUCAGGCUAUCAAGGCCUUGAAGGAAGAAGGCAUUUACACCGUCCUGAUCAAUCCCAAUAUUGCGACAAUACAAACGUCAAAGGGCCUUGCUGACAAGGUUUAUUUUCUCCCGGUGACUGCUGAGUUUGUCCGCAAAGUCAUUGUGCACGAACGGCCGGACGCCAUCUAUGUUACAUUUGGUGGCCAGACAGCGUUGCAGGUCGGCAUUCAACUCAAAGAUGAGUUUGAGGAGUUAGGAGUUAAGGUGCUUGGAACACCAAUCGACACCAUUAUCACGACCGAAGACCGGGAACUCUUUGCCCGCAGUAUGGAUUCCAUCGGCGAGAAAUGCGCCAAAUCUGCCUCCGCUAGCAGUGUCGAGGAAGCGAUGCGUGUGGUAAAGGACAUUGGUUUCCCAGUUAUUGUGAGAGCUGCCUAUGCCCUAGGUGGACUUGGAAGUGGCUUUGCCAACAACGAACCCGAACUUUUGGAUCUUUGCAACAAGGCUUUAGCAGCAAGUCCACAGGUCCUGAUCGAGAGAAGUAUGAAAGGCUGGAAGGAGAUUGAAUAUGAAGUUGUACGGGAUGCGCAAGACAACUGCAUCACCGUCUGUAAUAUGGAAAAUUUCGAUCCUCUUGGUAUCCACACAGGAGACUCCAUCGUUGUGGCGCCGUCACAAACUCUGUCAGAUGAGGAUUAUAACAUGCUACGAACCACAGCAGUCAACGUAAUCCGCCACUUGGGUGUUGUGGGAGAGUGCAAUAUCCAAUAUGCUUUGAAUCCUUUUUCCAAGGAAUACUGCAUCAUUGAGGUCAACGCAAGACUGUCGAGAUCAUCUGCCUUAGCGUCUAAAGCAACCGGAUACCCUCUUGCUUUUAUUGCUGCCAAGCUGGGCCUUGGUAUUCCGUUGAAGGAGAUCAAGAACACAGUCACAAAGGUCACAUGCGCAUGCUUUGAGCCAUCACUGGAUUAUGUUGUUGUCAAGAUGCCCCGAUGGGACCUGAAAAAGUUCACCAGAGUCUCGACACAGCUUGGCUCGUCUAUGAAGAGCGUUGGCGAAGUUAUGAGCAUUGGACGAACCUUUGAGGAAGCCAUCCAGAAGGCAAUUCGAGCCAUUGACUUCCACAACCUUGGAUUUGGCGAAACCAAAGCGCUCAUGUCGAUUGAUGACGAGCUACAAACCCCGUCAGAUCAACGUCUAUUUGCUAUUGCUAACGCUAUGCAUGCCGGGUACUCAGUAGACAGGAUCUGGGAGCUCACGAAGAUUGAUAAAUGGUUCUUGCACAGACUUAUGGGCCUGAGCCAAUUUAGCAAAGAGAUGGCAAAGUACAACACCGGUCAAAUCUCUGAGCGUCCCGAACUCCUACUACAAGGCAAGCAACUAGGCUUCUGCGAUCGCCAGCUAGCAAAGUUCUGGGACUCCAACGAAUUGGCAGUGAGACGCAUGAGGCUAGAAUUUGGAAUCACUCCCUUUGUCAAGCAAAUUGAUACUGUCGCUGCUGAAUUCCCUGCCUACACAAACUACCUCUACCUUACCUACAAUGCAUCGACGCAUGACAUUUCUUUCAACGAUCAUGGCGUGAUGGUACUCGGAUCUGGCGUUUAUCGUAUCGGUUCCUCCGUGGAGUUUGACUGGUGUUCCGUCAGAGCUAUUCGUACCCUCCGGGAGUCUGGAUUCAAAACAAUCAUGGUAAAUUACAACCCGGAGACCGUGAGUACCGAUUAUGAUGAGGCGGAUCGUCUUUACUUUGAGAAUAUCAACUUGGAGACGGUCCUCGAUAUUUAUCACAUGGAAUCGUCGAGUGGUGUUCUUGGUGCUAUGGGUGGCCAAACUCCCAACAACAUCGCUUUACCCCUUCUGCGUGCGGGUAUCAAGGUCCUCGGAACGUCGCCAGAAAUGAUUGAUCGAGCUGAAAAUCGUUAUAAAUUCUCGCGCAUGCUUGAUGAAAUCUUGGUCGAUCAACCAACCUGGAAAGAACUCACGAGCUUUGAAGACGCGAGAAGUUUCUGUCAAAAUGUGUCAUAUCCUGUCCUAGUCCGACCUUCUUACGUUCUAUCAGGUGCUGCUAUGAACACCGUCUAUUCAGAGGCAGAUCUUGCAUUGUAUUUGCAACAGGCUGCUGAGGUUUCACGAGAUCAUCCCGUGGUAAUUACGAAGUACAUUGAAAAUGCCAAGGAGAUUGAGAUGGAUGCCGUUGCGAAGGACGGGGUCGUGAUCGGUCACUUCAUUUCUGAGCACGUUGAGAAUGCUGGUGUCCAUUCUGGAGAUGCUACCCUGAUUCUGCCUCCCCAGGAUCUCGAACCUACCACAAUCCAACGCAUCGAAGAAGCUACCCGAAAAAUUGGUGCCAAGCUAAACGUGACUGGGCCGUUUAACAUUCAAUUCAUCGCGAAGGACAAUGACAUUAAGGUUAUCGAAUGCAACGUUCGUGCUUCACGUUCAUUCCCCUUCGUGUCGAAGGUCAUGGGGGUUGACUUGAUCGAAAUAGCGACUAAAGCAAUUAUGGGAGUGCCAUUCACCGAAUAUCCGCCAACGACCUUACAGCCAGAUUGUGUCGGAGUCAAGGUUCCACAAUUCAGCUUCUCUAGAUUGUCUGGCGCUGACCCUGUCUUGGGCGUGGAAAUGGCAUCUACAGGAGAAGUUGCUUGCUUUGGCAGGGAUAAAUAUGAGGCAUAUCUCAAGGCGUUGAUCUCGACGGGUUUCAAAAUCCCGAAGAGCAAUAUUCUCUUGUCAAUUGGCUCUUACAAGGACAAGAAGGAGAUGCUUCCAUCGGUCGAGAAAUUGCAGAAGAUGGGAUACAAGCUAUUUGCUACCGCCGGCACUACGGACUUCCUCCAAGAACAUGGCAUUCCUGUGCAGUUUCUAGAAGUUUUGAGCAACGAGGAGGAUGACCAAAGAUCUGAAUUCUCGCUGACGCAGCAUCUGGCAAAGAACAUGAUCAACCUCUAUAUCAAUCUUCCGUCUAAUAACAAAUAUCGCCGACCUGCCAACUACAUGAGCAAAGGCUACCAGACUCGACGAAUGGCUGUCGACUACCAAAUCCCUCUGGUCACCAAUGUCAAGAACGCCAAGAUCCUAAUCGAGGCCAUCGCAAGACAUUUUGAAUUAGAGAUUGGUAACCGGGACUAUCAGACAAGCCAUCGCACGAUUACGCUGCCGGGGUUGAUCAACAUCGCUGCCUUUGUGCCCGGAAUCGGUGCUCAAGGUAGUCAUGAUCUCCAAGCAGUCACAAAAGCUUCGAUAGCCUCCGGCUUCAGUAUGAUACGUGUCAUGCCUAUGGGCGUUGAUGGCUCUAUCACGGAUGCAAGAACACUGAAGAUUGCUCAGCAGAGUAGCAAGCAAGGGGGUUAUUGCGACUACAACUUUUCCGUAUCGGCAACGUCUAGUAACGCAGAUCAGAUCAGCCAAGUGACCAGCGAGGUUGGGUCGCUUUUUAUUCCGUUCAACCAUUUAUCGGACAAUAUUAGUAAGGUUGCGGCGGUUACUGCGCAUUUCGAUUCAUGGCCGAACCACAAACCCAUCCUCACGGAUGCAAAGACAACGGACCUUGCCUCCCUUCUGUUGCUCGCAAGCCUCCACAAUAGGCGUAUUCACGUCACCAGCGUCACCACUAAGGAAGAUAUCCGGCUGAUUGCGCUCAGCAAGGAGAAAGGCCUCAAUGUCACUUGCGACGUGUCAAUCUACUCAUUGUACUUGUCACAGGCAGAUUUCCCUGGCUGCCAAGGUCUCCCCGAGCUAGAUGACCAAAAAGCGCUCUGGGAUCACCUUGGUACAAUUGAUGUCUUCUCCAUUGGCAGCCUUCCAUACCAUCUUGCACACGCCAUCCAAUCUGAAGCAGAUUCACCAAUUCAGGUUGACCCUACCGUUGGUAUUGCAGACGCCUUGCCUCUCUUGUUGACUUCUGUCACGGAAGGUAGGCUCACCAUUGAUGACAUCAAGACACGCCUCUACGACAAUCCCAAGCAAAUCUUCGAGCUUCAUGAGCAGAUAGGGACAUCUGUCGAGGUUGAGAUUGAUCGCCCGCAUACGGUAACUGAAACAUCCGCGUGGUCGCCAUUUGCUGGCAAGGUUAUGCGUGGAGCGGUACAACGAGUAACCUUCAACGCCAAGACAGUCUGUCUCGAUGGAGAACUCCUUCCACUUGCCCCCUUAGGAAAAGAUAUGUCCACUCAUGGCAGUAUGCCUGCACCUAUGUCGCCACUUAUGAAGUCAAUGGUCCAACCAUUGUAUCCUCUCGAUGCUCUACGUGCUCGACGGCCGUCGAACCUGGUGAAGCCUAUGGGGUUGUUGAGGAGCUUGGACGGCGAGGCGGAUACUCUGAGGCCUGUGUCAAGAAGUGCACCACCUGCUGAGGAUUUUAGUCUUCCAGGACCCACACGUGCGCCAUUUGUUGAUUCCUUGCACGAUCUGCUCAUGCAACCUUCUGCGUUCAAGAAUGCGCACGUCCUCUCUGUGAAGAAGUACACGCGAUCCGAUCUUCAUUUGCUGUUUACUGUAGCUCAGGAGAUGCGCCUCGGUGUGGAUCGAGAGGGCGUUCUCAAUAUUCUGCGUGGCCGAGUUCUGUGUACCAUGUUCUAUGAACCGUCGACCCGGACUUCUGCGUCUUUCGAUACCGCAAUGCAGCGCUUGGGUGGUAGGACAAUUCCCAUCACAACUACGCAUUCGUCUGUCCAGAAAGGAGAAACACUUCAAGACACACUUAGGACACUCGAAUGUUACGGUGAUGCCAUCGUACUGCGCCACCCUGAUGAAAAGUCGGUGGACGUUGCGAGAAGAUACAGUAAGGUUCCUAUCAUAAAUGGUGGUAAUGGAAGUAAGGAGCAUCCUACGCAGGCUUUCCUCGACCUUUUCACGAUUCGUGAAGAGCUUGGUACCGUGCAGGGUCUGACUAUCACUUUCAUUGGUGAUCUUCUUUACGGGCGACCAGUACACUCAUUAGUGUACUUAUUGCGACACUACCAGGUUCACGUUCAGUUGGUCGCGCCGAAGUCUCUAGCCCUCCCGGCGGAUGUGCGCAGCUUACUUAAGGAGUCAGGACAGCUACUCUGCGAAUCUGAGGAGCUCACUCCGGAGAUUCUGGCUCGGAGUGAUGUGUUGUACUGCACGAGAGUACAGAAGGAACGGUUCCCGAGCGUGGAAGAGUAUGAAAAGGUAAAGAAUUCGUACCGCAUCGACAAUGCUACCCUUAAACACGCAAAGCAGACGACACGUGUACUACAUCCUUUGCCCAGGAAUGAGGAGGUUGCGGAGGAAGUCGAUUACGACCACCGGGCGGCCUAUUUCAGACAGAUGAGAUACGGCCUAUACUGCCGAAUGGCCUUACUAGCUUUGGUCAUGUCGGGUUGAGGCUGAUAUGUUUCCGGCAUCUGCCCGAUCGUUAUAAUUCGUAGACAAUCUUC